AGGGUAUAAAACGCCCAGACCUGCGUUCCAGGGGCCCAGAAAAAAAGGAAACGUCGGCCAGGGUCCUGCGUUACCGGGACGACGGAAUGGGACACCGGGGAGUUUUGGUUGUUCUGGCCACGGCCGUCUUCCUCUGCCAUGCCGUGCCAGGGGAUGAGAAACAUGGGGGGUCUGACACUAAAUGUCCCCUAACCGUCAAAGUCCUGGACGCUGUGCGAGGGACGCCGGCUCCCGCAAUCACGUUGAGGGUCUACAGGAAGGCCACAGACGGUUCGUGGGCGGAGGUUACUCGCGGAGCCACCGAUGCGGCCGGCGAAGCUCACGGUCUGAUUGAUGAACAGAAUUUCACGCCGGGAGUUUACCGGGUGGAGUUUGAUACAAAGACAUAUUGGAAGGCGGAACGGCAGACGCCCUUCCACGAGCUGGCGGAUGUGGUGUUCCAGGCCCACGCGGACGGACAUCGUCACUACACACUGGCCUUGCUCCUCAGUCCUUUCUCCUACACAACAACCGCAGUCGUUACGAACGCUCACGAGUAACCGCGACACAAAUAUUUUUAUUUCCCCCAUCUAGGAAGUAAAUGGUUAACAAUACCGCAUUUAAUCAGGUGCCCUGUACUGGGGCAAAAUGAAUAAUGAAGAUAAAAUGAUAAUGACCUGCUUAGAUGGGAGAGGAGAGGGCAAAACACUUCCAGCAAGGCCAGCGUAGGCCAACAUAUCACAGAUUUGCUACAAGUAAGUAAAUGCGAAUUCAUUUUCAUAAGAGACUGAAAUAGAAACUACGUAUGGCACUAAAAGAGGCGAUAUGUAUGCAGUUCUACCAUUUUAAAGCACCACUUUAACCUUCAUCUUGUCCUCUUUUCAGAUUUAACAUCAGUGAAACGCCCCUAAAAUUAAUUAUUUAAAGCAUGAAAUUUGAUUACUUUUCCCGGAGUGACCCGACCAUGAAAAAAGUAAAACAAUGUCAGUUUUAUAUUUUUAUAAAAUCAGUACAUCAGAGUACAAA